AUGAGAAGAGAGAUACUGGAUAAGAUCCAUGAAGGGCAUGCCGGGAUCACAAAGUGCAGGGAAAGAGCCAGGCAGACGGUUUGGUGGCCUGGAAUUUCUAAGGACAUCGAGGAUGAUGUUCGAAGAUGUCCGCGCUGUGUCCAGGAGUCUAGCAAUAGGCAUGAGCCCUUGAUGCCUUCGCCGUUCCCAGAGCGCCCAUGGCAGAACGUAGCGGUCGAUCUUUUCUACCUUGGUGGCAAGUGGUUCGUGCUGGUAACGGAUUAUUAUUCAAGAUAUCCGGAGCUGGCUCCUUUGACCAACUUAACAAGUUCAGCGGUCAUCGAUCACCUGAAAUCCAUAUUUACCAGGCACGGAACGCCAGAAGUACUCACCAGCGACAAUGGACCACAAUUUCGGAGACUUGUGGGCAGUGACUUUGCUACAUUCGCAAAAGAGUGGUCCUUAGAACACAGGACUUCUUGUUCACGUUUUCCACAAAGCAACGGCUUCGUCGAAGCCGCUGGCCGUGUCAUCAAGCUCAGUCUCAAAAAGUCGGACGAUGCGUAUAAAGCUCUUCAGAGCUAUCGCGCUACGCCAUUAGGAAAUGGUUUCAGUCCGGCUGAGCUACUUAUGGGUCGCCGUCUUCGCACGUCACUUCCUACCGCCGCGUCGCCGUUAAGUCCAAAGACACCAGAUCGGAAUCAGUUGCGUCAAUGGGAAGAGCGUCGCAUUGAAAUGCAAAAAUAA